AUGGCCCAAGAUCCGCUUAGCGCGAAUACAUCUUCCCCACGUGAAAGAGGGUCAACAUUACUCCAACGAAGCUGUCGUGAUUGCAACCGCAGAAAGGUACGCUGUAGCAAGUCUUGGCCUUGCGAUAACUGCGUGCGUUUAGAGGUCGAGUGCUCGUAUCCACCGCCUGGCCGUAAACCUCGGAAAACAACCAAAAAACCAUCGAACAAGGCCGAGUUGAUAACCAGACUGGGUCUCCUCGAAGAUCAAAUCAAGAAGCUUGGUAGCAAAGAUUUUGCUGAAGAUGCCUCUCCGGGUUCCCCGCCAGAACGAGACAAUGAUGACGGCCCGCAUGAUAGCCGCGCCAUGCUCUCAUGGUUAGCCAAGCAUAACCCAGGCGAUCGAUCAAUUGAUCAGCCGAGAAAUAUCGAGGGAGAUGGAAUCGGGAUGAGCAAACCGUCUGUCUCGUCCAAUUCGACUUCCAGUACGCUGGAGGAUCAGUUUGGACGCCUCGUCGUGGAUCGAAAUAGCGGAACGAGCCGCUAUGUGAAUCAUCAAGUUUUGACGGAGCUUGCAGAUCAGAUUAAAGAAGUUCGAGAUCUUUUUGAUUCGCCAGAAUCACCAACAUUAUCUGACGAAGACUCCUCGGCGCCAAUGCCAACAGCAGAGUCUGAAAUAUCGAGUCCAUUUAUAUUCGGCUAUCAUUCUGUGGCUCAUUCACUUGACAGUUUCCACCCGCCGCCAAUGAUCAGCCAUAUUCUUUUCAGCGCCUUCGAAGAGAAUGUGGCACCCAUCAUUUUGAUCAUCCAUAAGCCCAUGUUGAGAGAUCUGCUCCAAACAGCGACCACAAAUCCCAAGAACUUUGAUAAAGAGUCCGAAGCUUUGUUAUUUUCAAUCUAUUUAUCUGCAAUCUACAGCAUGUCGCCAGAGGUAUGUCUUGCACAGCUUGGGGCAGACCGCACUACCUUGACCAAACGAUAUCGGUUCGCAGUCGAGCAAGCGUUGGUGCGGGCAGGAUUCCUCCAUACCCGCAAAUUGAUCGUAUUACAAGCAGCGGUUCUUUUCUUGAGCUGUGCCUGUGACUCUCAGGAUGCACACUUUGUCUGGACCAUGAUCGCUGUGGUGACUCGUCUUGCCUUGAGCCUGGGUCUGCAUCGAGACAGCAGUCACUUCGGAUUAGGCCCAUUCGAAACAGAGAUGCGGCGACGAUUGUGGUGGUAUAUAUAUCUACUGGAUGUCCGAUCAUCUGAUUUUCAAGCCACGAGCCCUCAAAUCCGAGAAGGAGACUACGAUACUCUAUUGCCCUUGAAUAUCAAUGACGAGGAUUUGUCGCCUGACAUGGUCGAACCCCCACCUGAACGAACCGGGUUCACAGAAAUGACCUUAACCUUGGUCAGAUGUGAGAUCCUCAAAUUGCAUCGUAAAUUGAUGCAACUCAGCAGCGCCGGAAUUGAUAAUGACGGACAUAACGUGUUAUUUCAGAACCGUCUCCGAGCAAUAGAAGAAACUCAAGUCGCCCUUGACAAGCAAUAUCUUAAAUUCUGUGAUCUUGAAAUCGCAAUCCACUGGGUGACCGCGACCAUUGCCCGUGUUGCUCUCGCACGAUCAUGGCUUGUAUCGCACUUCUCGCUGAUGAGCGCCGAGGGAUUCCAACCAGAGCUGUUCCCGGAAAGAUGUGAUCUCCUCAUCCUCACCGCGAUCGAGGUCCUUGAAUUCGGUUACCUGCUCGAAUCCCACGAAAGUACCAGGAAAUGGUCAUGGCUGUUCCAGGGAUAUGUGCCGUGGCAGGCGUUUGCAUAUCUUCUAUCGGAGCUCUGUGUGCGUCCGGUUGCCCCUUUAUCAGACCGUGCGUGGGUGGCCAUCGAUCGGGUUUACGAACGCUGGGUUGGACCAGUGGGCAAUCGACUUGGGUUAAUGAUGCGACCGUUAGAACGUCUUCGGAAUCGUGCUGCUGCAAUUCGAGCUCAGCAGUCUAUACCAGUUGCAAACGACUUGGAUUUAGCUGAUGCAGGUGAUACAGCCCCGGGUAUAGCCAAUCCUGUGGAAGAAUCCCAAGGAUAUCUAGGGUCCCUUGAUAUUUUCAUGGAUGUAGUCAAUACUAUAGGGCUAUAG